AUGCUCGACAGACCACCCAUCCGCAUCGGAAAUGUCUCUGGCGCAACAGGUGACCACCCGCACGCCAUGGCCCGCAUGGUAAGCUCCGGCAACGUGGAUGUCAUCACGGGCGACUGGCUCUCUGAGAUGAACAUCGCCUGGAACGCAAUCACAAAGCAGGAAGUCGACCCCAACCUGGGCUACGAGAAUGGUUUCUUUGAGCAGCUCGACGAGUGUCUGGAUGAUAUCAUGCAGCGCGAUAUUCGCGUCGUGACUAACGCUGGCGCCCUCAACACAGAUGCCCUGUAUGACAAGGUCAGAGAGCUUUGUGAGAAGAGAGGCUAUGGCGAUUGCGUGGUUGCCAAGGUCCUCGGCGAUGAUGUCUCAGAGGUCGUUAUGGAUAGAGAGAAGAGGCGGAGUGCCCAGAUUACGCAUCUUGAUCAUCCAGAGCAAACACUUGAUUCGUGGGGCUUUGAACCGUGUUGCGCAACAGCGUAUAUCGGCUGCUGGGGCAUCGUUCAGGCCCUUCGCGCUGGUGCAAGGAUAGUCAUCUGCGGUCGUUGCACAGAUGCAUCCCCCGUCAUGGGCGCAGCAGCGUGGUAUCACGGCUGGCGGGAAGAUCAGUACGAGGAGCUGGCCGGUUCUCUGCUAGCAGCCCACCUCAUCGAAUGCGGCCCCUACGUCGUUGGAGCCAACUUCUCUGGCUUCAAGGACUUUCUACCUGAGCUUGUGGACAUUGCAUUUCCGAUUGCUGAGAUCAACCAAAAGGGGCGUUGUACGAUCGGUCGAACGGGUGACGGCGGCGGACGCGUUACGAAAGAGACUGUCACGGCCCAGUUACUCUACGAGCUCCAGGGCCAUUUAUACUUGAAUCCCGACGUCGUGGCUGAUCUUUCUGGAGUCAAGGUUGAGCAAGAAUCGCCGAAUCGCGUUUCAGUCUCUUGUGUAAAGGGCUUUGCUCCGCCUGCGACCGCGAAGGUCAUGAUCGCUGCAAAGGGCGGCUUCCAAGCUGAAGCAACAUUCUACAUCAACGGUCUCGAUGUAGCUGAGAAAGCAGCUAUGAUGAAGGCCCAACUAGCACACAUGUUCAAAGACUCCAACUUCAGCCGUCUGAGUAUCGAGCUAUACGGCACACCCGCUGGGAACCCCACAUCGCAACAAGCAGGCACCGUCUCCCUGCGUGUCUUCGCCCAGGCCCGUCGGAAAGAAGACAUUGAAGCUUCAAAGUUCAAAGUACCCAUCUACGCCCUCCGCAUGCAGAGCUAUCCCGGCUACCACAUGAACCUCGACUUCAGAACCAUGGUUCCCAAGCCCUUCAUGGAGAUGUUCCCCGCGCUGAUGCCAGUGUCGGCCAUCGACCACCGCGUGGAGAUGAGCACAGGUGCUUCGCACCGCGUGGAACCGCCUGCAAAGACAGCGACGUAUCCCAUCGUGCGGCCGUCGACGGAGACUCACGGACCGGUGGACAUGCUCACCUUCGGACCGACGGAGUGGGCGCCGCUGGGGAGUGUCGUGCAUGCGCGGUCUGGCGACAAGGGUGACAAUUCCAAUGUGGGAUUCUUUGUGCGGAACGACGAUGAGUACGCCUGGUUGAGGAAUCUGUUGACUGUUUCGAAGCUGAAGCAGUUAUUCGGGGAUGAUUGGUUCAAGGGAAAUCCUGACCGGAGGGUUGAGCGGGUUGAGUUCCCUGGUAUCAAUGCUGUGCAUUUCCGAGUUUUGGAUAACUUGAAUGGUGGUAUUGCCUCGUCAGAUCGUAUUGAUGGGUUGGGCAAGGGUAUUGGCGAGUAUUUGAGGAGUCGAUACGUUGAGGUACCCAAGGCGUUCCUUGAAAGGGGGAGAAUUUAG